AUGGGCUGUGGUCAGAAAGUCUCUCGUAUCGUCACCGACAACUGCGGUGCUGAGAGAAUCCGACUGCACUCACACUGGGCUACUUCAUACAAUGUUGAUGGUAUAGUCCAUGGUCACCUGACCCUCCUAAGCGCGCCACCAAGCGCUAUUUAUGGGGUGUCCAGGAAGUACCUCAGUUUGGCCCAUGCCCAGAGGCAACCAGAGGCAGCAGCAGCAGGUUGUGCUAUCAUCCGUCCUCCCAGAGAUGGAGGGAUAAGGUACAGAGGCCUGACACAAGAACAGAUCCGCAGUGUGCAGGUUCUCCCUGUGGACUAUGAGAUAGAGUACAUCUGCAGGGGCAACAGGGUGAUUGUGGGACCCAAGGUCAGGAAGUGUUUGCCCAACAGCACGUGGACUGAUCUGAGCCAGCGCAGCAGAUGUUUGUUGUUGUGUCCUCGAGUGUGGACGUCAUUGGAAAAUGGCCGAGUAUCUUCGUGGCCCUUGGGGCCCCCAGUGGAGGGUACAGUGCUGCAGUACACCUGUCUGCCUGGCUUCAUCCUCAUGGGCCGAAACACAACACAGUGCAAUAAGUUGGGCAAGUGGGACACACCCAAACCUGUGUGUCACUAUGAUCGACACUACAAAGGUCCUAUCAACAUGCUUGAUACACAGCCUGAGCAGUCUGAGGUCUCUAUUCUGCAGAUAACGAAGAAACACUUAAGUGAACACAUUCCUUUCCAAUAGGCCACAAAGGUCAAUGUGUCAGUUGUCAGCUCCUUAGUAAACAACA